AUGAGAUUUAAGGCAAUCACAAACGAACACUCAUUUGCUACACCAGCGGAACUCGCAUCGGACAUAGCCAGCUUUUACGUGCGGGAAGGUAUGAUGCAAUUUCUGAAAAUCAUCGGCUCCAUCGACGUCCUCGGCAAUCCUGUGACCUUCCUCAAUCGGGUCGGCGACCGAGUAGUGGAUUUACUCAGAGAUUCAACUGAUGCCACUUCUCGAGGUGACUCACAUUCCCUCACUACGUCUCUAGGUCGCGGGGUUAAAUCGAUUGGUGCUGGAGUGGUCGGAGGACUGUUCGACUCGUUGUCGAGAAUGACCAGUGGCUUACAUGCUACUGCUGAUGCUAUUAUAAUCUACCUACAGUGGAUAUGGAUUGGAGAGGAAGAACUGAGUGAUCGACGUGGGUGUGAUAUGACGUGUUAUGAAGACACAAUUGAGGCCGCGCGUUUGGCUCAACUAGCCAUCACUGGUGUUGGUGAUGGUAUAGUCACGGGCAUUCGACUUGCAGUUAUCAGGAUCUAUCGCGGAAGUUUGCUCGCAUUUUGGCAUCCCUAUGGGGCUAGCAGGCAUGCUACAGUUGUGGCUUUGAUUCCGGGAAUCAUUACAGGAGUCCUCACAUUCGCACUAUGUUUGAUAUCGGCAAUUCUGCUCGGUGUAGCAUCUAUAUUCCGCGGACUGCGUAACUCGGUGAUUGAUAAGGACACUGAGUGGGACAGGAGCUUCCGCACUAAUUACAUACGAAUAAAGGUAGAAACGUAG